GCAAGAUUUAAAUUUAAACAUUCAUGACUUAGUGUGUUUGAUUGCGUUUGUUUGUUUGAUUUUGUCAAUUAUUUUAAGUAUAUUUAACAACAUGGAACUACUCAACUGAUGAAAGUAUAAAUUACGUGGAGCGUGAUAUAUCCAACCGCAGGAAUUGUCCUGUUGGGGAGGUUGUGCAGAGCGCGAACGGGUACAACUUGAACGGUGAACAAACAUUGUGCUGUACCCUUGGAUGCAUGGCUGGGCAAUACGGACUUCAACAAGAACUGCUUCUUCUCGGAUUAUAGACCCGGCUUUUCCCGAAGAAAGAGGUGCGGGGUUCAGAUAAAAUCACGACCAUGGACCGUGACCCUGAAGGCCAACAAGUGAUGUCCCUAAGACUGUCCAGAGUUAUGAUGGAUAUCGGCGUGACCAGACAGAUGGUCGCACGGAGGAGGAAGACAGUCCUGGAGAUAGAGAAGACGAAUUGUGAAGUCAACGUUAUACAACAUGAUAAUAAUUAUACCUCGUUUAUUUUCGGUAGUCAAUCGGAAGGGACAUCAACUUUGGGCAUGAACUCAGACGUAGAUUGUAUUCUAUGCAUGGACGAUCAUCGUGUGAUAACGGACUGGGCAGACUGGGAGCCAGGGAAGAGAAUUUUUCUGAUAAUAAAGAACGAACAUUCUCCACCCCAGCACUGUUGUCUGCAGAUACUAAAAAAAGAAUGCCCUAUGCCUGAAACACUGGAUAUGGUGCCAGCAAUGAUGGGUGUGGAAAAAGACAUGGACAACAGGGUACUGAGGAGAAACGAUUGGAUUGAUAUUUUAAUGGUACACUUAUCUGGUCGUCAAAUUAUAAAACAAGGACCAUCAAGAAGUACUACCAAACAUGUUGAUAUGAUUUUCGCGUUAAGAUACAGUGGACUGCUGUUUGAAUGCAAUUUUCUAUUUACGAGACCAAAGCCUGGUCACUGGCCGAGACCAGAAAUACUCACAAAGGCACGUCAGUGUGAAACAUUCCUCGUCCCACAGGGACACGCAGAGAGUGAUCAGUCAAACCUUGAAUGGAGAUUCUCUACGUCACUGAUUGAAAGACUGCUCAUGUUUGAUCUCAAUAUUUUGCAAAUACAGGUUUACACAUUUCUAAAAAUCUUACGAAAGACUUUUUUCAAACCGUUAGUAGGUGACAGACUGAGCACGUUUCAUUUCAAAACCGCUCUAUUGUUCACCCUUGAGACAAAUCCUCCAGAAAUCUGGCAAGAACAUAACAUGAUGCAGUGUGCUAUAAACUGCCUGAAUACUCUUCAACGUUGGUUCAAACAUCGGUACUGUCCACAUUACACGAUCUCGGGAGUGGACCUAUUUGUGGGAAAAGUGAGAAAAUGGGAGUUUCCUCUCCUGUCAGCAAAACUAUCUGACAUGAUAGACAACAUCAUGGACUUUGUCACCAAAAUGGAAAUGGACCAGAUAGGAGAGAGGUUCGGUGACAGAUGCAGAACAGUCAGUACAAGAUGUCAGAACAUAUUGAAUACUACGAUGUUCUACUUUGAAGCAACUAUAGACAUACUAUUCGAUAAUUAUUUGAGCUUUACAACUGGAAUGAAUGACAUUAUGACAACAAGGAACUUGAUUAUAAUAGUUCGGGAUAUUCUUUAUGAAUCCGAAAUAUGGACAGAAUUACAACAUAUUGCAAAAUGGCUAUACCAAUAUCUUGCCUCCAUGACAGCAUCUACGUGUCUUCGCCUGAACAAUCCAAUACCAACAUACGUUUACCGCCUGUACAAGGCCUACCUGGACUCAGAUCUCACCUCCAGCAGAUUAAAGUUGGCAUCCAUGAUGUACUGCAGUGGUCAGUAUGAGAGGGCUAAGCUGGUGUUGGCCUACACGGAGGCGCUGCUGCAUGCCGAUGUGUGGCAGUUUAAUCCGUGUUCAGGAAGGUCGGGACAUACGUUUACUGAGAGGUUUCAACAAAAGGUUUAUGAGCUGCCUGCUUUGGAAGUUAUAAAACGGCAUGUUGCUUGCUCCGUUCUUUUUAAUUCGUUUGAAAUAUGCUGUGUACCUAAGUUCCUAGUAUACGAGAUGUAUAGAACGAUUCGUCCUGAAGAUUUUCACCACAGAAGAAAUCUGUUUGAAGAAUGGAUGGACCUUAUAGUGAUUGACUCCAGACCAUUCAUGUUCUACCUGCAGUAUCUCACAUACAGACAACUGGGAGAAGAAGAGAGACGCCUAGAAGCACUACAGAAGCUAUCCAAUUACGUUUGUGUUGAAAGUCGAGGGUGUGGGCAUAUAGAUACGGCCCUUCAUGUACUUGGUCAUUGCUAUGAACUGGAGAACUGGUAUUUUGUGGCAUUGGCAUGCUACAGAAAAUUCAUUGAGUUCUUUCCUUACAAUAAUGCAGCCAGGUGGCAUAUCAUGAGACUCCUUCAGCAGUUAUGAGGAAAACCAGAAGCACACAGCGUAUCACCCUAACGUGGCAACUUGGAUAAUCCAUUUUACAUUUAAGUGGUGGAUAUAUCUAUUACAUUGUGAGAAGUGUCUGAAGUAAACCAUAUGACAUUUCGACAAGUAUUGCAGUAAUGUAUGAUACAUGUAUGCACUUGGUGACAUUGUAACAAUAAUCAUUGUAAACGAUAUUUCAUCGAUAGUUAUUUUCUCAGUUUCGGACUGGACAUUUAAAGUUAAAGAAUACGAAUUUACAGACAAACUUUAAACUGGUAUAAUAUUAUUCGUUAUGAAUUGACUUGUCCUUACAUUUAAUAUACAAACAUGUGGGUUUAUUGUUUGACUUGUCCUAACAUUUAUAUACAUAUAAAUGAGUUUAUUUUGACUUGUGAUUAUAUUGAAAAAAAAAACACAAACUUAUUCAAUAUAGACUCUAAAUACAUUUAGAUGAAAAACCUUUUACUUUUAAGAAAAUCUCAAUUUUCGUCUGCGUUGCUUGUUAUUUCUAAGUUUAAAACAAAUUCAAAUUCAAGUGAAACUAUUUUUAUUCUCAAUAACUACUAAAACUCUGUUAAUUAACG